GUGUGAGCUCGAGCACGCUCUGGAUGCACGCGCGGCGGCGCCUGUUUGUCAGUCUACUGGGGCGCGUUGCUCCCGGCGCCAGCGGGAGGGCAUGGGACACCUGAAAGCCUGCAUGGUCCGGUGCUGCUGGCAGUGGGGCGAAGGUCAAGCCGAACCCACAUCCGCCCUCCCAACUGGUCCACAGUGGAGCAGCAGAGUCCCUGGAGGGCUUGACACCUUCCCAGCAAUGGCGGAGAAGCGGCCCCUGGGGACCCUGGGUCCUGUCAUGUAUGGCAAGUUGCCCCGCCUGGAAGCCGAUUCAGGGCCUGGACACAGCCUGCCCCCCACUGCUGGCAGCCAGGAUCCCUGCAGCUACAAAGGAGCCUACUUCUCCUGCCCCAUGGGGGGCACCCCCAAGGCAGGGCCAGAGCGGCUGGCAUCAUGGACCCCAUACCCACCCCUGUACCCUGCCAGCAUGGCAGGACCCUCACUUCGAGCAGACAACCUGCUGACCAACUGCCUGCUCUACCGGCCACCGGUGGAAGGCUCUGAGAAGAUGCAGGACUCAGGCCCCGGGGAGCUCCUGCCUUUCAGCCCCCAGGCUCACCCAUACCCAGGCCCGCUGCUGGCAGCGCCCAAGCCCAUUUACCGCAGCCCCCUGUGCUAUGGGCUGCCCACUUGCCUGGGCGAGGGGCCAGUAAAGAGGCCUCUGGAUGUUGACUGGACCUUGGUACCUGGGUCCCUAUUGCCAUCAGCUGACCCUCCUUGUUCUCUUGCUUCUGGCAAGGGCCAGUCCCUUGAUGGUACCUUCUUGCGUGGGGUGCCAGCUGGGGGACCUGGCAAAGAUACCUCGUUAGGCUUCUCCCAGUGCCAGGCAUUCUUGGACAAAUAUCGGGCAGUCCACAACACAGGCUUCCUGGCCCCCAAGUACACAGCUCCUUACUCUGGGGACCCCAAGCAGGCAGUAUCGGAAGGGCCCUCCAAUCCAUGGGCCCAGCCCCUGGGGCCAUCCUUCCAGGAAACAGUGCCCACCCAUUACCCACUGCCGCCCCCUCCACAGGCCCUGCCUUGCUCCUCAGCCUGUCAUCGCCUGGGGAAGCAGGGUGGCUACAGCUCUGUACUCCCACUGCAGCCCUUGGGAGCCCACAAGGGGACCAGGUACCAGGCUGGUGGGCUGGGCAGCUCCUACCUGAGACAGCAGGCAUCCCAGACGCCCUAUAUACCCCCAUCGGGGCUGGAUACUUAUUCCUACCCUUCUGCCCCCAUCCCAGCCCCUUCACCAGGCCUCAAGCUGGAUCCUCCCCUUGCCCCUCAGUACCCACUGGACUUUGCCCCCCAGACACUCAGUUUUCCAUAUGUCCGGGACAAUCUCUCUCUCUGUGGAGCAUCCCCAGGACUGGGAAGCACACCAUCUCCCCAGAAUAGUGCACAGCCUGUGCCACAGCCCAGUGCCUUCCAGCGCGUAUGCCAGCCUCUGCCAGCUAGUCGGCUUUGCUCCAACCCUGUGAGGCCUACAGAGAAGCCAGCACAAGAAGCCGAAGAGAAGACGUGGCUGCCCAGCUGCAGGAAAGAGCAGCCCCAGCCCCGGAGUGAUGAGCACCUCGGGGGGCCCAUUAUUAUCCGGGACAGCCCCAUUCCCCGAACUCCACCAGCACUGCCACUGCGUGCGUGUGCCCAGGAGCACCAGUCUCUCCCACAGAAGGAGAAUGCUAGACCACCCAGUUCUCCGCCAAUGCCCAUCAUAGACAACGUCUUCAGCCUGGCCCCCUACCGUGACUACUUGGAUGCACAGACCCCUGAGGCCACAGCUGAGCCCACUGAAGUCAUAGCUGAGCUGGCUGAGGCCACAGCUACCAGCGAGAGCCAAGAUGAGGGUUGUAGGGGGGCCCUGCCUGCCACAGAGGGGUCCUCAGGGCCACCCUGCUCACUCCACGAGGAGGUUGCCUUGGACUUGAGUGUGAAGAGGGCUCUGGCAGAGACUGCCCCUGUCAAGUCCCCCAGCCCUGCGAUGCAGACCAACCCCGCUGCUGCAGCUGUGGAUGGGACAGCUGUAGGGACCACACUGUCAGGUUUGCCAGCCCUGAAAAGGAUGGUCACAGAAGUAUCUGGGACACCAGUGACCCCAGAGGCCAUGGCAAGGACCAGCUUCCCAGGAGCACCUCAGAUGCCAGUGACCACGGAGGGUACGCCAAGGACUAGCUUCCACAGCUCUGUGGCCUUCAUGUUCCGGAAGUUCAAGAUACUCCGCCCAGCACCCUUACCUGCAGCCAUGGACCCAUCCACACCCACCCCACCUCCAGCACCCCCUCAGCCCACUGAGUCCACUCCACCUCCUGUACCCAUGGGACUGCAGCUUCUUACCCAGCCCUUGCCAGUGGCCUGCUUCAGCCUGGCCCUACCUAGUCCUCCAGCCAUCGCUGUGGCCUCCCCAGCCCCUACCCCCAUUCCCACUCCUUCCCCUGCUCCUCCCCUACCCCCUACCUUUGGCCCAGCCCUUGCCCCUGCCCCUGCCCCUGCCCCUUCCUCUGCCCCUGCCUCUUUCUCUGCUCCUGCCCCAGCCCCAGUUUCCACAGGGGCCUCAGCAGACUCUACAGAGCAGCACUUUACAGGGCUGCACACAUCCCUGUGUGAUGCCAUCUCAGGCUCCGUGGCGCACUCUCCACCUGAGAAGCUUCGUGAAUGGAUGGACACGGCUGGGCCAUGGGGCCGGGCAGCGUGGCAGGACUGCCAGGUCGUACAAGGGCUGUUGGGCAGGCUGCUGUCUCAGCUGCAGAAGUUUGUGUGCACGCAGCAGUGUCCCUUCCCCCAUGUGGUACGGGCUGGUGCCAUCUUUGUGCCCAUCCACCUGGUGAAGGAGCGGCUCUUCCCAAGGCUGCCGCCCACUUCAGUAGACCACGUGCUACAGGAGCACCGUGUGGAGCUUCGGCCCACGACACUAUCAGAGGAGCGUGCACUGCGGGAGCACGCCCUGCAGGGCUGCACCUCACGCAUGCUGAAGCUGUUGGCCCUGCGCCAGCUGCCUGACAUCUACCCCGACCUGCUGGGCCUGCAGUGGCGUGACUGCAUCCGCCGCCAGCUGGGUGACCUUGGAACCAAGGCUGGAACUGUGUCCCUCUCAGAGCCCGUUGUGGCCAGAGAUGAGCCAGAGGGCCCAGCCCUGGCUCCGAAGUCACCAGUUCCCAAGGUCAGGAGACCAGGGAGGAAGCCACCAGGAAGCCCGGGCCCAGAGAAGACAGAGGCACCUGCUGAGAGAGCAUCGCAGGGUUCUUCCCCUGCUCCUGCUGCCAGUGCCAGCCCGCCAGGCCCCACCCUGAGGGCCCGCUUCCGAACCCUGCUGGAAACUGCCUGGCUCAAUGGCCUGGCACUGCCCACAUGGAGCCACAAGACUUCUGGACCCGACCGGGCCCCACCCUGCCCCCAGCUGCUAGGCAGCCAGAGCCAUCCCCUGUAGUGCUGGUCCGGAGUGUUGUUGGGGUGGCCGCCUGUCCUGUGAGCAUCCUCAGCCCUCACUGGGCUACCAGCUGGGCUGUGAGCUAUGAGCUUCUGAGCUGAAGGUUUUUACCAGGAAGGACUCCCUGCUGCUUCCUAGAAAAAGCCUGGCUGAUGUGUCCCUCACUGGUGACCUGGGCAGAAGCUCCACCUCUCUCCAGCCCUCAUUUCCUAUUUGUAAAAUAGGACGGCACAGCCUACCUCGAAGGGUUGUUGGGUGGCAUGACACCCAUGUGAUGGGGUCUCUAUCCCUGGCCCCAGACAAAUAGGAGGAGAAGUGGCAGAUCCUCCUGGGAGAAAGUCCCUGUGUCUCCAGACUUGGCUGUCUUCAAGUGGCACCUUGUAAAGUGUAGAUGACAUGCUUUUCCCCAGCACUGCAGCAGGGACACAGCUCAGCCUGCUGCUAGCGUCUUUCUGGGCCUGCUGCCCCUGAUCCAGGAGGCCCCAAGCCAGUCCCCAAUCGACAGUGACUUCCUGAGCUGCCUCCCCCACCUCAGGCCUUGUCCCAGGAAUGUUGUGUUUUCUGGAGUCUGCUGGACAGCUGCAGGGACUCAAGGACCAGAGCAGACAGGCCAAGUGGCAGCUGAGUCUCAAGAUCUGGACUGAGGACCCUGGUCCUCCCCACCACAGCAUUGUCAGCCAGGUCUGCUAUGAGCCACUGCCCUGGAGGGUGCUGGCCUGAGCUGGCAGGCUGGGCCCUUUUGCCUUAUUUAAGGGUUUGGGGUACACCUGAGAGCUGAGUUAUUAAAGCAUUUGAGUGGUUUUGGAGCUGGGGUCUGGCUGUGUGAGAGGUUGUGGGUUCUCAAGACUCCCCAGGGUCCUGGCUACUGUGAGCCUUAUAACCCAGUAACCGAUAGUGCUCACCACACCACAUGCCUUCCAGGACUGAGGUUGUGUCUGCCAGUCUGGAGCUGUCCCCUCCCCCAGAUACCCACCCUGUGGGCCCCUGUCCCAGGCAGCAGCAGUGACUGCCUGCAGGUUGCUUUCCCAGCCAUCCUCUUGGACCAAUGCCAAGGGUGUGUGAGCAGGGCCAGGACUUGGAGUGGAAGUUGCCUGAGGCUGAGUGGCCCCAGAGUUCUCUUCACACCCCACUGCUUUCUCAAUCCUCUCCCCCCUUCGUUUAUGCCUACAGAUGACAGCCUAAACUAACGUCCAGAAUGAACAGCAAUUUUUACGCCAUCUCAGUGCUCCCUACCUUUUCUAUACCGCAGAGGACCAGUGUGAGGGUCUUAGCAAGGUUGACAGCCCUUCUUCCUGCUGCCUCUGGCCUGAUAACCCUGGGCCCCUCGCGGGGUUGCAGGCAGCAGGGGUCACAGGGUUCCAGUAUUCUGGAACCUGGGGCAAGAGGAUGGCCAUGAGUUCGAGGCCAGCCUGAGCUACAUAGCGAGACCCUGUCUCAAAAAGACACAAAAAACAACAGAAGACUGAUGCGCCCUUUCCUGAAGACUGCUGUGGGCUCUGAAUAGCUCAGCCAGGAGAGAGCAAAGCCAGCUCUCCGAUGGUGUGUUGUUCUGGAUACCCCGCAGGCUGGCCAUUAGGGAACCCUGUGAGCCCCUGUGAGCAGGGACGGCUCAGGCAGAUCCACCCAGCCAGGCUUCAGUGGCUGUGAGCUCCGAGAUACUGGUCCAGGCAAUGCUGAAAAAAAUACCCUUGGCUGCAUCACAAGGAGCAGAGCUCUGAGAGAGGAAGGGGACAAACCUGAGGACUCCUGAAAGCAUCAAGAAGAAAGGUUCAUUGGCCACAUUCUUUGGAGGCAGGGGUCUGGCAGGGGAAGGCCAGGGAGACCAGGACACAGCGGAUCCAGAAUAACUCCUCCUUCCUUGACUGUCCCAGGGGUGGAGACAUAAGACUUCUGUUGAGGCCCUGGGCCAAUAGAAGCCCACCCGAGGGCAGGAGCCCUGAUCCUCCAGCCCUAAGUGGACACCCAGUGAUUCUAAUUACCUAAGAACUGAGCCAUCAGAGGAAGGAACUAAUGAAUGAUGGACAGAGACUCAGUGCUCCCCCUGGCGGAAUGACUUGGAGUGACACUGCACCCAAGGUGCCUUUGCCAGCCAGGGUUGCAACCAAGGCAGCAACAGGGCCUGGCGAUAGUGACAGGGACCAAGGAUUCCUAAUGCAGCCUU